CCAAUAGUCUUACAAUUAUUAGAUAAAAAGUAACGUCAUUUUCACGUUAUAUUUCUGUAACGUUACAAAGUUGCUCCAAUAUGACGGCUCUGGGACCAUGCGGAACCAAGCGGACCUGCUGACAACGAGUGACGACAUGCUAGCAAGUUAGCAGGGUAGCUAUCGCUAUCUUGUGUGUGCGCGGUGGAUGUGAUUUAUAUAAGAUAUAGAAUAACACUCUAGAAAAUAUUCCAUUUUAUUUUAGGUAAGCCACCCAAGUAAUUAAAUUAUGCCCAGCAAAAAGAAGAAAUACAACGCCAGAUUCCCUCCGGCAAGGAUUAAGAAGAUUAUGCAGACAGAUGAAGAAAUAGGCAAAGUGGCUGCAGCAGUACCUGUUAUUAUUUCGAGAGCCCUGGAGCUUUUUUUGGAAUCAUUGCUUACAAAGGCCUGUCAUGUCACCCAGUCUAGGAAUGCAAAGACUAUGACAACAUCACAUCUAAAGCAGUGCAUUGAGCUGGAGCAGCAGUUUGAUUUCUUAAAGGACCUAGUAGCAGCAGUGCCGGACAUGCAGGGUGAGGGGGAAGAGAACCACACGGAGGGGGGAGGAGAAAAAGUCCCACGCAGGGGUAGAAAACCAGGGUCUGGCCGCAAGAAUGGGGGGGCCGGCUCCAAAGGCAAGGACAAGAAGUUGUCUGGCACAGAAUCAGAGCAAGAGGAUGACUCUGAAGACAGCGAGACAGACGGGGACGAGGAGGACGGCUCUCAGUCAAGCACAAAUCAGCAGGCUGCAUCCAGGUUUCACAGCUCAAACGCGCCCCCCCAGUACAUGCACAUGGGCAGCAUGGCUCCCGCACAGCCCCAGGGCGGCAUGGCCUUCGCCCCCCACCCCUCCAUGAUUAGCAUCGUACCGCCUCCCCCAGGCCCCGAGCCGCACCAAAACGAGGAGGACGACGACGACGACGAAGACUACGACUCCUAGCUCCCUCCUCCUCCGCCACGCACAAACACGCACACACACUCUCUUUCAACAUUAUUUUUGGUUUCUUACGUGGUUGUCGCGGUAGCUGCUCUGAGCAGAGGAGGGAAAGACUCUACAGCGCAGCCUUCUGACAGCAAAGCCCUCGGCAGCUGGCUGGAAGACACAGCGCCGCAGGACAAAGAAAACUGGUUGUAUAUUACAUGUUUUUUUGGUUGUUGUUUUUUUUUUUUUUUUUUAAAGGUUUUAUUUUAUCCAAAAAGAAUUGGAAGAAUCCAAGAAGGAUGUUUUUUAAAAAAGUCAGUCGUUCUAUUUUGACUAUUAAAAAUGGAAGUCGUCGUUGUUUUUUGCCGUGAUCCCCCGCAGACAGGAUAGGUGUGGUUUGUGUUUUCCUUGUAGCUUUUUCUUUUGGCACUUUUCUUUACUUCCUCGAUCCUCUGUAGUAACAAUUAUGAAGUGAACCAAUUAGUCACUCAAUGUUGACUGUGGAAAAGAAAAAUCUAAGUGGUAGUUAAAGCCUUAUUCUAGCCUUUGAUGCUCAUACACAUGCAAAA